CCAUUCGAAAUUUAAGUUAUCAUAGAGUUGUGUUGACGUUAAGUUGAGAGAAGGCGUGGAAAACACGGAAACCACACAAGCGAAAGGCAUUUGAAGUUCCAAAACUAAAAAUCGUUUGCGACGCGCAGUAACCAAUUGGUUGAAAAAAGUUGAUUGUAAACUAAUUGGCGAAAGUGAUAUCUUUAAUAAUUCAAAAGUGCAACGAUUGAUACUAUUUCAAUUCUGAAAUAAUUCAAGUUAAAUAGAUCAUCGCUAUUGUCUUAAAAUUGCCGUUUUUGGUGUAACGUGUCGACAGAAGUUGGAAUGUGAAACGAAAACGAGACGGCAUUUAAUAUACAAAAGUGAUGACAAACGCAUUGUAAAGGCCAUUAAACUAUAGUGUUAUAUUGAAUUUACCUUAUAUAAAACCAAUUGCAAUAGAAAAUAAAUUUUUGUUGCAAAUAAAUCAUCCGUACAAAUCGCUAAAACAUAAGUGAAAAUUUAUUAACAAGAUAUCAAUACUCGGAAAUCAGUUUCUUCGGCAAUUGUCCGAGUAACGGUAGACCUUGUGUGGUUAAGGAGUUGAAAAUAUCGGUGUGUUGUAUGUGAAAAGAAUGUACAUUACUCUUGAUUCUACUAGAUUAAGCUAAAAAAAAAAAAAAUAAAAGUUCAAAUAACGGAUCGUUUUGCUUGUUUAUCUCAGUUAAAAAUUGGUGAAUUAUAAAGCCAGAUUUUAAGUGAAAAUCAAAACAAUAAGUGGUAAUUGCGUCGGGGCUCCUUUACAAAGGCAAAAAUAAAGUGGAAACGAUUUUCGGUAAUUGUGCAAAUUAAACAUAUCUUAACGGAAAUACCAAUUCCAUAUUGCGUACGAAGGAGAAAAGUGUCUGGAAUAAGAAAAUUUGGCUUGAUAAUCCUAUUUUAGGGAAAUAAAGAAAAUCGUUAAUUGUCUGCCAUUUUGCAUUCGUAUACGAAAGAAAUACUUAUACACAUGUAUAAGAAAAAUACGACUUUAUCGAAGACACAGCGGAAUAUCGUACAUGACAGAGUGAGAGAAAUAGUGAAUCAAAUCGUCAGUUCAUGAGAAACUAGAGCUUCGUUAAGUGGCAAGAUUGCAGUGCUUUAGCCAAUAAGAAGAGUGCUGUGAAAAGGUUUACUAAGCGAAAAGACCCUAACUAGAUGUACCGCCGGAGCCAUCCACGAACGGAAGGAUCAUACAGAAGGACUAAGAUACGAAGAAGACGAAGAAGCGUAAGCUUAUGAAUAAAAUAGCUAAAAAAAGCUUAAAACAAACCGGAAAAAUCAACAGACUGAUUAUCAAUACAAAACAAAAUUAUAUAUAAAAUUUAUGUAUAUGUUUAUACAUAGCAAUAUAUAUAAUAACUAUAUGUAUGUAAAUGUAAAUAAGGAGGAAAACAUAGAAAGAGAAUAACAUAAAAAUUAAGAAUAAACACAGGAAGAAGCAGACGGAAGAACGGUGAGUUUGAUGCUGACAAAAGGGAGAAAAGCUUUGGGAAUGCAGGCAAAUAUUCAAUCAGACAACAGUGCCGCAUGUAAAUAGAUUUUCUACUUAAAUUGACAACAAAAGAGCCAAGAACUGCAAACUUUGUAAACGGAUAAACUCAAAUUAACGUUGAUUUUAUUGUGUGUGAUAUUUAAAAAAUAAGCAUUACUUUAAACACAAAAAAUUUAAGAGGCAAAACAGUGCGUAAAAUUAAUACAAAAAUUAGAUAAGAAAAAUAAAUAAAAAAGAGCUGCUUUAAGGAAGGAAAGGAACGCUGAAUAUCUUAAAAUGACAUACUCGCACAAUAGCGUUAGUAAUAAUUUUAAAAUGACAACAACCGCAGCCGCAGAUGCGACGACAAUUCGCUUGAAAAAAAUAUCAAAUGUAGGUGGAGUUGGUAAUGUGAGCCGCAACACACCGACAACUACUUUAAAUGUAACUGCACAUUCCAACAGUAUUGCUAGCAGUACCAAUUACCAAUCCUAUUACCAACAACAAGUUUUAAGUUCUUCACCACCCGGUUGUGAAAUGUCAUCGGGUGCUUCCACCUCAUCUACGAGUAGUGAUUCCUCGCUGGGUUCUAGUGGGUUUGGCAGUGGAAACAAUUCGUCGCGUCAACGUAAGCAACAGCAGCGUAAACAGCAGCAAAAUCAACAACAUCAGCAACGCGAUUCGCCACCGCUUUCAAGUGGCACAGAAAGCGCAGUUUUCUUUAGUAAUAAUAAUAAUCAUUACCAAUCGCAUCAUGGUGGCAGACGUGGAGGUAGCGCUCAUAAGUUGAGUGAUGGUCAAAAAUCACCUCACUUCCAGCAGCAACAAGCCCGUCAAUCGCCAGCUGUUAUAUUAGGUGGCGGUGAAAAUCCCAUUGCAAUUAAUAGCAACAGCAGCAGUGCUGGUCGCAAGACUCGCGCAAAAUUCGCAAUGAUUAGUAGCCCAUUAUUUGGGAAGAUAUCGCCAACACAACUGGCUUUGCCUACUGCGUUGACGCAUUUCGCUGGCAGCAAAUGCUUUGAUGCCCCGUCGCCUACAGCAUUACCAAAACCACCGCAGCAUUGGACCCUGGGCAAGGCAGAACAUAAAGCAACCAGCAGUGCUGGACCCGGUCUACACAGUGUAACGACAGCGCGCAACCCAGCACUGGCAGCUGAUGCACAUACCUGUGGUGGCCACGUUGUUAAGCAUUCGAAGCGUAAUUUGCUCGACGAUUUCGACACGCACAACUUGAAGUUGUUGUUAAAUGUGCAAUCAUAACCGCUACGCACUCCGAAUAGAAUCCGUACAGCAGUAUAAAUUAAUUCACCAUUUAUCUAGCGAUCAUCAAAUAAAUAUAUUAAAAAACAAAUCAUAAAAUUGAUAAGAAAACUGAGUUACACAUAUGUUAAACGCACGAAUGCAAAAUGUGAUAUUCGCAAUGAACUAUGUAUGAGUGCGCUGCAAACAAAUAUUAAAUCAAAAUUAACAUCGCAAACAUUUCAAAUAAUUCAUAUAAUAAUAUUUACAAUUUACUGACCUGGAAAUUAGUAGAUAACAAAUUUGCAAUCUAGUAAAUGGUGUGAUACAAAUUUAAACAAAAAUCUAAACUAAUAUAAAUGUACGUGGAAAAUACAAUAUUUGCGUAUUAACGCAAAUUACGACACAAAUAACAACAGCUUGUGAUCUCAAGUAAUAAAAUGAAAUAUUUAAUUUUAAUAUAUAAACUGAUUGAACAAACAAAAACAAAUAAAACGCAAUUUGAUAACGGAAAUGUAAACUUUCAAAAUUCAAAAAUGUAGUAAAUUCACAAUUCUUGUAAAAGAAACUGUACAAAUAUUUUUUUUUGUUUGCUUUAAGUUGUAACUAUUAAAGGUGUAAGAAAAUUUUAAAAUAUAAAUCGAAAGCCGCGCGUUUUCAAUUCAGUGUAAAUUACACAUCUAUACGACACUGAAAACAGAAUCAAAAACAACAAACAACACAGUGGAAAAUUAGAUAAUAUAAUCCGCCACAAAUAAUGUAUAAUAAUUACAAUUAAAAAACUUUGUGAAUUCUGUUUUUCCUGUUGUUUGCAACUGGCAGUGACACUAAAAAUAUCAAUUUUGAAAUAAUAAAUUCCAUCAACCCACCAAAGAAAACAAAAAUAGUUGCGCGUUAUUAUAAUACAAACAAAAACAAACGUAAACAAAAUGCAAUAAAAGCAAUAAAAAUUAACAACGAGAAAAAAACCAUUUAAGCUGUGACCUUACGCGUGCGCCUAAAUAAUGCGGAAUGACCUUGCGUCACACCUUCAGAUAACCAGGACAACAGCAGUUGCAGCUGCAGACAUGUGAACCAAUAAAGAUAUUAACAUAAAAUCACAAUCAGCAGCGAUAUUAGAUAUAUAGCAUGAAAGCAUUCAUCGAGUGGGGGAUAUGUUCAGCAAUGGCGGCAGUCAAUAUAAAAUCAUUUUUUGUAACAUAUGCCAAAAUUUAUUUUACUUACCAUAAAACAACAAGAUUCUCAUUAUUUGUAUUAAAUUUUAACAAUUUAUAACUUUAAAUUUGUGAAACAAAUUAAUUGUAAAAAUUUGUAAUUUUACAGCUAGUACCCUUGUACAAUUAAGCGUUGCACUUGCGCCAACACAUCAAGUUCCGAUAUCUUUAACUUUUCUAUAUUUUUGAUUCAGGGGAUUUGUUCUAUGCUAGUAUUUGAUUUCGUUUAUUUUAAAUAAAUAAUAAAAAAUUGAAAACGAAAGUAAAUAAAAGUAGCUCUUUGUAACCAACACGAUUUUGACUUGAAAUGCAUUCUCAUAUGUACAUACUUCUACAUAUAAAAUGUGACUAUUUAAAUCAAAUUACUUAAAAAAACCUAAAAUUUGAAAGUUUUGGCGCGGAUGUUACGUUUUUGUACUUUACAUUUAAAUAUAAUUGUAAUUUAAAUAAUAUAGUUAUAUUUAUUUAUAGUUUUCUAACUUUUACUUCAGCAUCUUUCAUAGAAACUGUAUAAUUUCAUUACUUAAUAUGUAUUUACAUAAGUCGUCUGGACUGUACUGUAGGUAAUAAUUUGUAUUAUAUUAAAACAAAAAAAUUGAGAAUGUUUCUCAAUGUAAUUAUAAGAACGUUAACAUUUUGAAAAUUUGUAUUAGCGAAAUAACAUGCUGAAAAGUAUUUGCAGAAAUGACAAAACUAAACCCCAAAGAUAAAUGUUAACAAAUUUUAAAAUAGAAAUUGUAAAUUUUAAAAUGUUUGAUGAUACUUUUCCAACAUCAAGCAAUGUACAAAUCAUAAAUACAACAAUAGAUAAAAGACAAAAACCAAACGACCGCAAGGUCCAAUACAAAAAUGCACUUUAAUUUAUUAUUACAAAACACAAUUUUUGUAAAAGACGCCUGCCAAGUAAUGCAAUUUUGAAGAACUGUUCCUCAAAUAAAUGUACAUUUACAGUUGUUCAAAGAUCCCAGAACCUAGCAAACAUCAUUUCAUUCAAUUCUGUACGCUCUGGCGUACACAUCUAUGUAUUUACAUUAAGAAGUGCAAGAGAAGAGUAAACAUGCAUACAUAUGUAAUAAAAUGUCAGUCAUCAAAUUAAUAGCUUACUGAAGCUAAAAAAAAGCAAUUUUCAAUGAAAGCUAGUCGUUAAUGCAAGUAAAAAUUGUUAAUAACCGGUGUUUAUAUGUAUAUUUUCAUAUAACAAGUUUGGCCAUUAAAAAUGUGAAAAAUUGUAAAAAAAAUAAAAAUCUAAAUAUUCAUUGGAAAUAAUUUAAAGAAGAACGUAACUGCUUCUACGAUGAAAAUUUUAAGUGUAAAUUGAUUACAACUGCCUUAAAACAGUAUCCUGAUGAGUGAUUGUUUGCAGCUAGAGAGGAGCACUUAAGCCCAGUACCUUGUUUUUUUAGUUCAUAAUAAUUUUUUUUUUGGGGGGGAUACCAGACAGUUGUAACUGUCUGAUAACUGAUUUAUAUCAAAUUAAAUUGUGAUGGAUUAUUAAGCAUUUGCCGGCAAUACGGUACAACAAAGUCCGAUUUACUAUUAAGAAAAUUAUAAUAAUAAAUAUGUGUGUAUAAAAGAUAUGCUUAAAAAUGGUUCUUGUUUGAACGGCUUCGAAGCAUUCUUCUUAUCACACGUGCGCAUGAUUGUAAAGCAAACCAUCUAGAUCUGUAGAUAUGUGGAGAGAAGAGGUUUCAUUGGACAAUGUCGUAUGCGCGCAUGGGGAAAUAAAAAGAAUGCUUUGAGAGUCGUUGUAAACAAAACUUAUUAAAUCUGAACUGCUGUUGCCAAUUUUUGUGAAUAUGAUGCAAAUGUUAGUUGCAAUCUUAAAUGGUAAUUUGAAUUUUGUGAUGCUAUAUACGUAUGUUAGUAUGUAUUGAAUAUAUUGUAUUUUGCUUACUUUUUGUUACAAAUAUGAAAUUGUAUAUGACACCUGUGUGAACAUACAAUAUAAUUGUUGAACUCCACAAGUAAUCUGUAAUGAUAGUAAUAUAAAAAUUGGACGUUUUUCUCCGACUUCUUCUAGGAAGAAGCCAGAAAGAAUCAACAAAUAUUAAGUUAUUGAAAGCGCACAAUGUAAUAUGAAAACGAAUCUUAGUUGAACAAUGAAAAUUAUAAACAAUAGUCAUGUGACCAGUUGAUGGGUGUGCGAUAAAUAAACUACACAAAUUUGUUAAUUUUUAACAUACAAUUGUAGAUAUGUAUAUGUAUAUUGUAUGUUUUGAAUACAUAAAAAAUAAAUUAUUUUUGGUUGGCAGAAAAUUAUAUCCGCACAUAAACCCAAAUAAUCCUUAAGUACAUAUGUGUAUGUAAAACAGAUUGAAUUUGCAUUUUAAGAUUUUCUUUACCAAAUGUACAUUUUUAUUUUGUGUAAAUCAUUAGUACACAUUGCACAUAUAUAGACCUUUUCAGAGCAAAAGCAAAAGCCACAGGCAAUUGAUAUAUUAAUAUGAUAUUGUGUGAUUGCUAAACUUAUCUUUAACUGUGAAAACGGCUAUGUAAACUAAACAAAAACAAAAAAAAAAUAAGCAAAAGUUAUACAUACAUAUUUUAAACUUUAGCCUGUUCAUAUACGGAUGACAUAUUUUUCGUAUAUACGCAUUUAAAUUAAUGUUUAUGCCAAGCUUCUUACGAUUUUGCCUCAAUCUAUUGAAAGUACAGCCGUGAUAUUUGAACGCAAUCAAUAUUUUUAUUUAUGUAAUCCUAGUUUAUUUUUUUAGUCUAUGUAAACGCUUACGAUCCGUGUCUACAGCUUAACUCCAGCAAUCCAACAGCAAAUGCUUACAAACAAUUGUGUGAUAAAAAUGUAUCUUAUGAACACCACAAAAUUUACACACACACACACACACGCGUAGACAUUGGUGAAGUUAAGCGAAUUGCAUUUUUAAAUGUAAGUAAAAUAAAAACAAGCGUAUUUUCUUGCUACUCAGACUCAACCUGCAUACAUAGUAGACAAACCGAAUUCCGCAAAGGGGGGAGUAGGGUUAUAUUUUGUAAAACAAAGUCCAUUUUAAUGAUUUUUUCUUAUGAAAAAGUUUAUAAAAUCUAUUUUUGAAUAUCAGUGGUACGUUAUAAUUUGAUAUUCUAAUUAAUAUUCCCUUAAAUUUCCAAAAAAUUACAAAUAUUAAGAAAUUAAAUAAACUCUUCAGCCGUUAUCUCGUAAAUUAUGUGGAACACGAACUCUGCAGAUAUUUUGAAGACUUUGUUUUUUUUUAAUGCUUUAAAGUUUUGAAAUCUGUUGUAAAACGUUUAUAAGACAGGCAUUAAAGUUGUAAUAACUUCGUCAAUUGUCUCCAACCGAUUUUGACACAGUCUUCUUCAGGUUUGAUGCAUUCAUUUAAGUAAAAAAAAAUCCAAACAUUUAUUUAAAAACCCUACUCCCCUCUUUAAUAGCAUCAUAAAAUACUUACAAUGCUUCACAUACACUUAAACCGUUAAUUAAAGUUUUAUGCUAGUGAUUUUCAUUCAACAUUAAAAUUCGACAUUUGUACUGUGUGCCCAAUAUUGCUGGAUAACGAGAAAAAGAAAAUUAUAGAAAUUUUUAUUUUAAUAUUUUUUUUUAAAUAAGGUAAACACCGUCUAGUACAAAAUCUUGCUAUUGAAGGAGCACAUCACGAAUGUCUUAUUGUAGUAUUUACGAUAGAAUUUUAAUUUUCAUAAUGUGUGUAUGUGUAUUGCUUUGCAGUAACAGUGCUUAAAUAUAUAUUUUAUGAAAGUAUUAAAUAUGCAAAUUCAGAGUCAAAAUCGUGUUGAAUAUUCCUUUUGUCAGUUUUUAGAGAGUUUUAAGAAAUGCAUGUUUUAUAGUACCAACAAAAUCAAGUUCAUUGCACUUAACUGUUUUAUUUAUCAUAUUUCACUUUAAUUUUAUGCCAUUUAAAAUUUCUCGUACAAGAAAUUUCUCAAAGAAAUUAGAAUGUGCUAGCUACAUAUGUAUGUAUGUAUGUAGGUGAAGUUUUACCCAGUUAUUAAAUAUAUGUUGUGAUUAAGGAGUUGAAAAUCGAGUAGUGAGCAGGCAUAAUUAAUUUAUUGUUUAGUAACGUAUGGUUUGAAGUUACGCAAAAGCUUUAAUGAAGACUUGAUAAGUGAAAAUUACUGCAAAAAUUUAAAAAUAAUACAAGAAAAUUAAAAACUAAAUGAAACAUACACACCAAUACAAACAUUAAUUAUAAUAAAUAAAAAAAAAACAAAAAGUAAAACACCUUUUAUACAAACCUUCAAGUACACCUCCACACAUACAUUUAUAAUACCUAACAUCCGAUUUUUUGUAUGCAUUUUCAAUGCUUGUAUGUGUUUGUAGAAGUGUUUGAUAACGAAGCCUGAAAAUAUAAACGAUAAAAAUGAAAUUAGCGCAACUAAAUAAGUGCUUCGUGGAAAAAGUGAGGUGUAGGCGGAGUGUAUUGCCAAAAUAUGCUCGAAUAUUAUUUCUUUAUUAUUUUAAUUUAAUUUUUUUUUUAAUUUGAAUAUGCAUUAUUAUUUUUGCGCUGGAGCAGCAACACAACGUUCGGAUUUUUCUGAACGGUUUGACAUGUGAAAUGCUCAACUUCAUCGAUCAUGCACAUUUUAUGUGCUAAAAAUUUUAUAUAAAAAAUAAUAAAAAAAAGUAAAAUUUCAAAAAGUUUUCAUCAAAAAAAAAAAAGAAUUUAUUCUUCCAAAAGAGCAAAACAACCAAGAGAACGUAACCGGGGAAGAAAAGUUUGAACUUCGUGUUUAUAAUAACGAAAGUUGAGUAGCGGCGAGCUAUAAACAUUGUAACACUUUUGAAAACGUUAAUGCCAGCAUAAUUCCACUUAAGUUCAAAAUGUAUAGAAGUCAUUUAACAUUUUAUUCUUUCAAACUUAAAUAAAAUUACGAUUUUUUCGCAUAUUCGUUUCAAAUAUUUUAUUAUGUAUAUCCUACGCUUUGUCUCAACUUCGUUUAAAUGCAAAAUGUUCUCUUACACGAACCCUUUACGUUUUGAGGAAUAAAUAAAUACAAAAUAUGCAAUUUUGUGUGAUAAAAUUAUUUAGAACUUAGAUCGCUUCAAUCAUGAAAUCACAGUUGGGUCAAUUGGACCGUUUAAUCUUUGUUCCAUAUUAUAUAAAAAUGAAAGAUAUUUAAUUUUCUAAUUUCGGUUGUAAUAUAAGACAUUUUAACAUACAGUUAACUAUUGAUUGCAAACUUUCCUAUAUUUAGCUUCACAUGUAAAUUUUCCCCUAUAUUUUUAUUUGUGGUUUCUUUUUUGUUUUGAAAAUUUACGGAAAAUACAAAUGUUAUGAUAAUUCAGCAGAUCCAUAAUACAAGCCAAGUCAAGUUUUCUUUUUAAUAAAUAUGUACAAGAAAAUUUAAAUCUGAUUGUCAGUGAACAUUAUAUGUAACAAACAAACGAAUCAUGUGUGUAAAAAUGGCAAAACAAAACAACAAAAUUGUAACAACUGAAAUUAUUUAAUGAAAAUGAAAAAGUUAAAAAGAAAAUAAAAAAAAUUUU